UUAUCAAGUCGGACACGUUUGCCGACGCACCGCCAAUGUCAAACCUAGAAAACUUGUCAUAGCCAGAGUUGAUCUCUGGACUUGCUUUUAACAUAAAUAGAAGCUCCUGUAUCUAGAUAGAGGGCAGCUGGAAGAGGUUACGGACGUCACUAGUAAACCAGUUCCUGUUUAUGUAGUUUGGGUUUGUUUCUUGUGGAAGUCUCAGACUAAUCUACACGGGACAAGAUGCGCCUCACGUUGCAAGUGUUGAUUUCACACGGCCGGGUGGCCCGGAAGAUGGGUAUGGGCCCGCGGUCCCGAAUCGACAUGCUGAGGAACAUUUUGACAGGGCUGGUCCGACAUGAGAGGAUAGAAACCACACUGGCCAGAGCAGAUGAAGUUCGCUUUUACGCCGAAAAGCUGAUUGACUAUGCCAAAAAGGGAGACACUGACGAGAAGGCCAUGAAAAUGGCCAGUUUCUGGCUGACUGAAAAGGAUCUUGUCCCAAAACUGUUCAAGGUCCUCGCUCCACGGUUUGAGACUCAUUCCAGAAGCUACACGCGGAUGGCGCGACUCCCCAACAGAGACAACCUGGACAGAGCUAAGAUGGCUGUCCUGGAGUACAAAGGCAACCCUUUCCCACCUCUCUAUCCUGUGAAAAAGGAGAAUGAACUGACACUCAUCAACCAGCUGCUCAAAGGCUACAGAGAGGAGAGGGCACAACAGUUAGCUGCAAAAGCUUAAUGAAUAUUAUCAUGGUGUUGGAUAAAUGGUUACUGAAGUGUGAUGGCGAUGCACUGAAUAGUCACUUGCAGAUGCUGCAGAUAGUGGCUGUUAAAGAGUGAUGGAUUUUUUUCACCAGGAAGCAACAGCGUCAACUGAAGCCAAGUCCAAAUCUGUAGAAAGACAUUUGACUGAUUGUGUGAAAAUAAAUUUCUUAACUGAA